AUUUAUAGAUAGUUGUGCCGAGCUCCAGCCCCGGAGCAAGUAGGCAGAUCCCAUGGACAUAUUUAAGUUAAAAGGUAGACUGCCCCCAAGAUUAUGAGUUAACUACAAUAAUGCCACAACGGCAUGAAGAGUUUAUGACGGGAAGAGUUUGUUAGGAGUGAAGGUGGCAGUUAGUAGUACCAGUGUUAUUAUUCGAUAAAAGAAUCGAUUGCUAUUCGUCUUUCUUUCUCUAAUGAUUCUUCAGUAAUGAUUAAACACUCCCUCUUCUUUCUCUUUCUGUUGCUUCCCAUUUCCGCUUUUUCUGCCAAUCAUCACCGCCGGCGUCGUCCACCGCAAUCACCACCUUCUCCUCCUCCGUUGCAUCAGCAUCAACUUAAUAACAUAAUCGACGCUCUCGUUGGUGCUGGGGACUUCAAUAACUGGGCAAACAUGCUUUCCGCCUCCCAUUUCUUCAUGCUUCCACUUUCAGCUACCCUUUUCGUCCCUUCCGAUGAUUCCCUUUUCCCAUUUCCUGUCCCUGUUCCAACUUCUUCUACCGCGGCCGCCGCUGCCUCCGCUGCCUCCGCCACCACCUUUGACCCUCUCAUUAUCCCUUACCACAUCGUCCCGCAACGCCUCACUUUCUCUCAACUCACCCUCUUCAAGCCUUUCUCUCGCUUACCGACUUUGCUUCCUUCCAAAACCCUCCUCAUAACCAACUCUUCCCACUCCAACUUCACUCUUGAUGCCUCUCAGAUUUCCCACCCCGAUCUUUACCUCACAUCAACCAUUGCUGUCCACGGCAUUGCCUCGCUCCUCAACUACACUGUCUACGGUGGUGACCCUGGCCUUGUUCAUGGCCUUGCGCCAGCGCUUCCGCCGCCGCCGCCGCCGCCUCCACCAGCAAUGUUUCAGCCGCUGGGGGACGCCAUGGGUGAUAGGCGGAGAUCGGAUGCUGGUUGCUUGUAUGGGGAGUUUGCAUUUGUCUUGCUGCCGAUUCCUUGGUUGGUUUGGUGCAUCAAGGUUUAUGGGAAUCCCCUUGGCCUCUGAUGGGGUUCUUAACUCUUGUAAUUGUGCUUUAAUCACUGUGCUUUUGAUAUAACAAACAACAGUAUUUUCCCUUUGCAUUCUCUUAGAUUCGGGUGCUUUAUUUUUUGUUCUUCACGGUUUGUUUGUUUUCGUACAUUCCUCGUGUAAUGUGAUUUGAGAGAAAAUUGCAUUCUGCUCUUUGUGUGAUAAUGAAAUGAAGACUAAUUCGAGAUUUUGUUUAAAAAUAAA